GGCGGCGCGCUCCGGGCUGGAUGUCGGGACUGCGGGCGCUGCUGGGGCUCGGGCUGCUGGUUGCGGGCUCGCGCCUGCAGCGAAUCAAAAGCCCGGCCGGCGCCUGCCGCUCGGGACCCACCUGGUGGGCACCGCAGCGGCUGAACUCGGGCGGCCGCGGGUACUCCGAGGUCAUGGCGAGCACGACGGUGAAGUACCUGAGCCAGCAGGAGGCCCAGGCCGUGGACGAAGAGCUGUUUAACGAGUACCGGUUCAGCGUGGACCAACUCAUGGAGCUGGCUGGGCUGAGCUGUGCCACAGCCAUUGCCAAGGCAUAUCCCCCCAAGUCCAUGUCCAGGAGCCCCCCUGCUGUCCUGGUCAUCUGUGGUCCGGGGAAUAAUGGAGGAGAUGGCCUGGUCUGCGCUCGACACCUCCAGCUUUUUGGCUAUGAACCAACCAUUUAUUACCCCAAAAGACCUAGCAAGCCACUCUUCACUGCAUUGGUGACCCAGUGUCAAAAAAUGGACAUCCCUUUCCUUGGUGAAAUGCCCCCAGAGCCCACGAUGAUUGAUGAGCUAUAUGAGCUGGUGGUGGACGCCAUCUUCGGCUUCAGCUUCAAGGGCGAUGUUCGAGAGCCAUUUCGCAGCAUCCUCGGUGUCCUGAAGGGACUCACUGUGCCCAUUGCCAGCAUUGACAUUCCCUCAGGAUGGGAUGUAGAAAAAGGAAACUCUGGAGGUGGAGGGAUCCAGCCAGACUUGCUCAUUUCGCUGACGGCACCCAAAAAGUCUGCAACCCAGUUUACCGGUCGCUAUCAUUACCUGGGGGGUCGUUUUGUGCCCCCUGCUCUGGAAAAGAAGUACCAGCUGAACCUGCCAUCCUACCCUGACACCGAGUGUGUCUAUCGUCUGCAGUGAGGGAAGGUGGGUAGACGCUCUUCCCAAUAAAGACUUAGUGCCUCUCUCUCCAGAACUGUGGGGUCCUGGGGGAGCUCUUCUAGCAAUAAAGGUUAGUGGCUGGCAGGAGCAACACUGGGAUGUGGUACCAUCUCUAGGGGAAGCAAAGCAGGCAAGAGGUUGCUACAGUAUUUACAAGCAAUGAAAAUGGACUGUGAGAUGC